AUGAUAAAUGACGUUGUUAUAUGCAAUGAAUGCCUUACUAAUUAUGUAUUAGAUAUCAACAAUAAUUGCGUUACAAAUAAUCAAACUCAAUGCGAAGUUGUUCUCAACUCAUUUUGUGUAUCAUGUAAUUCAAAUUCAUAUAAUAAUAAAGGUAAGUGCGAUCUAUGCACGGAAGGAUGUUUGUCUUGUGAUUCUUUUGGUUGUACUUCAUGUCAAAAAGAUUAUUACUAUCACACAUUUGAAUCAAUUUCAACAUGUACAAAAGAACCAAUUACAAAUUGUAACACUUACAAUUUUGGCAUAUGCACUUCAUGUAAUUUUGGGUAUUAUCUUUCGGACUUUAUAUGUGUCCGUUGUACUGAUACGUGUUCUUCUUGUAUUGCAGAUUACUGUCUGACUUGUUUUGAGGGGUAUAUGUUAGUUGACGGUCGGUGUAUCUCUUCUACAACAACCAACUGCGCUAAACCGAUUUUAAACCUUAAUCAAUGUGGUGUAUGUAAUAAAGGGUAUUAUCAAAAAGACACCGCUUGUGUCAAAUGCCCAGCGCAGUGUUUAUUGUGUUCCACCUCCAACAGUUGCAUCAAAUGUGAAGAUCUUUAUUAUGUCAAUUCAAAUGGGACUUGCACUUCGAAACAAGGACUUGAUAAUUGUGAGAAGUUUGAUUAUAAUGGGUGUAGUACGUGUACAUCUGGAUUCUAUGUUAGAAGUGGUGAAUGUGUUUGGUGUAACACAACAACAGACAAAUGUGAAACAUGUGACUCUAUAAAUGGAAAUUGUUAUUCAUGUGUUGUAGACUAUGUACUUACUGAUAAUAGUACAUGUCUCAUAUAUAAUUCAAUUGAGCACUGUACGAAAGCUGCGAAUUCACGAUGUUCAGAAUGUUCAUUUUGGUAUGCAGUAGAUCCACAGACGUAUAAAUGUAAAGAGUCUGCAGUGUGGUGGAUCAUUUUAAUUAUAGUAAUAGCAGGGUUAAGUAUUGAAAUCACUACAAUUGUUUCAGUGAUAGUUAUAGUCGUUUUAGUGGUGCGGCGACUUAAGAAAUACACAGACGAGGUUUCUAUGCAAAAGAAGACGACGAUAUUUAAAAUGGAGACAUCCAAUAUCCAAUGGGUCGUGCUGCCGUCUAACACUUCUAUUUUAUUUAGUAAACAACAAAUAAGUUUUGAAGACGAAAUUCCCGUUGAUGUGGAAUCACGCGAAUUAGUGUGUAUUGGCAACAACAGUCAACAUUCAAUCAAAAUCACUUUUAUGUCUGUUGAAAAUGAUUUACAGAAGUUUGCAACUCGUUACGACCCCCAGGAAUUUAUAUUAAAGAAGGGCGAAGCCGCUGAAAUUGAAAUUUUUGUGACGCCCAUAUGUUCAUGCAAAGUACGAGAUGAUAUGAAGUUUAGUCUAAUUGAUAUGAAAAAGGGUAAAACAAGUGUAGAAAUGAUUCCCAUUGAAUUUGAGACUGAAAUAACAAGUAAACUUGAUGUCGAUGAAAUUUAUGAAGUGAAGAAAAUAGGGGAGGGAUCCUUUGGUGUAGUGUUUAAAGGUGUCUUUCGUGGCAAUUCCGUUGCAAUUAAGAAGCUCAAGUUGCAUUCAAAUGGGGAGAGAAAUGAAGAUAUUGAAAACGACUUUGAGAAGGAAGUGAAGAUGAUGGACAAGUUCAAAAGUGAGUAUAUCAUUCAUUUCUAUGGAGCUGUAUUCAUCCCAACACGAAUGUGUUUAGUGACUGAAUAUGCGCCUUUAGGGAGUUUACAGAGUAGUAUUGAACACCGAAAGAGUGAAGAAUUUGACCAUCAAAUUCGAUUGAAAAUUUGUAUAGAUUCCGCAAAAGGACUUUUUUAUUUACAUACAAAUGGCAUUUUACAUAGAGAUAUUAAACCAGAUAACAUCUUGGUGUUUACACUUGAAAAGAGCUCGUUAUUGUCAACGCCAAAUUGA